AAACAGUAAAGAUGGCGACGUCUGUAGUCGCAGAGGGGCAACAAAGUCUAAAUGGGAUUAUAUCCGACCCUCAAUCUAAAAAUUUGACCGACCUGCCGACCGAGUUGCUUGAACACAUCCUGUGCUUUCCAGUCCUCAAAAAUGUCGACAUUUGUAACGUCUCCUGCUGCUGCAAGCGGCUACACGACGUUUGCCAUGGAAGGGGGAAGGUCUGGGGACACCAGUACAAACUCAGAUGGCCAAGAUUGCAGAGGUUUUAUCGUCAAAAUGAGUGCUGCGACUGGCUCAGAGAAUACAAAACACGCCAUAGAGUUGGCAUACAAAUACGAAGGACGGUGGAAUCAAUUUCUAAGAGAUUCUUUACAGAAGUCCCUUGCGUUGGCCAGGUGCUCGGAGACAGCUUUGCAGAGAUCGAGUCGCUUGGGAUGCCAGAACACUUUUGUGAAGACGAGCUCCUCUUCAUACUCAACUCGGACAAAAGUAAAAGCUUGACUCUGAAGUACUAUGCAAAGAAAAUCCUUUACUUCCUGAGACAACAGAACAUCCUGAGGAGUUUGAAGACUUUCCUGGAGCAGCCUGCUGGGCAGCAGUCAGCUUUAGAGGGUGCUAUACUGGUGGAUCAGUAUUGUAACCCUCUGGCUGAGGUAACACUGAACAGCAUAUCAGCGCAACUCGAUGAAAUUGCAGAAAAAGUGAAGAAGAUGCUGAAAAUCAAGAACUCCUCUCACCCCAGUCUGCGCAUCGCUCAAGGAGACUGUUUUAUCGUGGAGGACUUUGAGCUCCAGAGGCAAGUGGUGUGUGCCCUAAACUCCGUCCUGUUUGAGCAGCUUCAAUACAAAGGCAACGAGUUUGAUUACUACAACCCUCUCAACUCUUACAUCCACCAGGUGCUACUACGCCGUACAGGUAUUCCCAUAAGCCUCUCGGUCCUCUACAUGACAUUAGCCCAUAAACUGGGAGUUCAGGUGGAACCUGUCAACUUUCCCAAUCACUUUCUGCUGCGAUGGUGCCAAAAACCAACAGGGAGCGAGGACAUCUACGACUUUGUAUACAUCGAUGCCUUUGGUAAAGGCAAACAGCUGACAGCCAAGGAGUGUGAGUACCUGAUUGGCCACCAGGUGACGGCAGAUUACUACAGUGCCAUCAGCACCACAGAGGUGCUGCUCAGGAUGGUGGGAAACCUGCUGAACAUUGGCAAAAGAGGGGAGGGCAAUGAGAAAUCCUACCAGCUGCUGAGAGACUCUCUUGACCUUUAUCUCACUAUCAACCCGGAUAAUGUGCAGUACCUGCUGCUACAGGCACGCCUCUACUUCCACUUGGGCAUUUGGCCAGAAAAGGUGCUAGACAUCCUGCAGCACAUCCAGGCGUUGGACCCCUCCCAGCACGGGGCAGUGGGUUACCUGGUGCAGCACACACUGGAGCACAUCCAGCACAAGAAACAUCCUGCUACACCCGAGGUGAAGAAGCGCAGCGCUCCAGAGCACGUGGAGGUCCAGUAUUCAGUCGGCCUCAUCAUGAAACACAAGAGGUCGGGAUAUAACUGUGUGAUCUACGGCUGGGACCCAAAGUGCACCAUGAGUCAGGAGUGGAUCACCACCAUGAGGGUCCACCAGCUGUCCAGCGGGGCCAACCAGCCUUUCUACAACGUCCUCGUACAGGACGGGACAUGUCGCUACGCAGCGCAGGAGAACCUGGAGCCUCACUCGGCCCCCCUGGAGAUCGGCCACCCAGAGGUGGGACGAUACUUCUCGGAGUUCGCCAACGACCACUACUUUGCCAACGAAGAACUGCAGACACGAUACCCAGAGGACAUGGUGGAAACUUUGGCCACAGUGCAGGAGCUUUACCACAGACUGACGCCGGGCUCUGGGAACCAGGACCAGGAUCCUGCCGCAGACCAAAACAACCAACCAGCCAUGUAGCAAUGUAGCUGUGCUCUACACCCUGCUAAACAAACACUGGUCACCCAUUCUCAACUCACAAUCCACUUAGCUGCUCUUUUUUGCACAUACUAAAGGCCAGGACGCGUGUAACAAAGAGGUUUUUGUAAAAACCAGCCAGUAUACAGUAUUUUCCGAAACUGAUUUGGUGCAACAAGAAUUGAUUUACAAAUGUGUUUUUCAACCACAUAUUUUACAGGUCUGAAAUUAUUUAUUUUAACUUUUACAUUUUUGGAAAAGUUUUGAGAAAGACCAAAAUGUCAGAGAACCUGCAGAAAAUGUUGAACAAUGUAAUAUUUGUUGAUAGUCAUUUUCCAGGAUGCAGGAUCUUCAAAUCCAGUCACGGGUUUGGAAAAAAAACAUGGAAACUCAACAUUUAAAAAAGCAGACGCAUUUAAGAAAAAAUAAUAGAGACUUGAGGUGUAAAACUGGACGAGUGAGUUCGGGAUGGGUUUCCAGGUACUGUAAAUCUUUACCUUUAAUCAAGGAUUGCUCCUUAAACCAGACAAUGCCAAACCCAGACACCUUCCUGCAUACAGCACCAGUCAAAUAAGCCCCCAGCAUACAGUAUAUUCCAAACCCCCAGUUACAGUGCCACACAAAACACUAUGAAGAAAAUAACUUUGUAAAUUGAAUUCUACUCUUAAUUCCUCAUCUUCUAAUCCAGUUUCAUGCACUUACGGAAGUAAAUUAUUUUGUUUUUGUUCCUGUAUAUUUACAUGUGAAACAUGUAGAACGUCUUGACUCAUCAGUGUUGUAGAGCUGUUAGAAGGACAACACUGAAUUGAAAUACAAGUGACUGUGAUUUGAGGAAAUUCCAAAACAAUAAAGCAUUUCAAGUUUU